UGAAUCCAACAAGCGACUCUCUCUCCCUCUUUCUUUCUCCUCUUCGCCAGUAGUUUAUAAGUAUCACUUUUCUCCCAUGGUUUCUUGCCUGUUCUUGCUAAGACUUCCUCUUACCCUACCAUCCUCCUUUAUUUUUCUCUCUUUCACCAUCUUUCAUCGUCUUUUGAGAAGCUUUUUUCUUUUUAUCGCUGUGUAAUUAUCGCAACUGUGCUGGUUGAACACAUGUAUCUAUGGCUCGUGAUCUCUGCAACUUUCUUCAUGGGCUGAAACCGGCGAUGGUGAUGGUGCUAACUCAGAUCAUCUUUGCUGGGGUUAAUGUAUUCUAUAAGCUGGCAACCAGGGAUGGGAUGGACCUGCGAAUCUUGGUUGCCUACAGAUACAUCUUCGCCACCAUUUUCUUUGCUCCCCUUGCUUUCGUGGUCGAAAGAAAUAGCAGACCAAAGUUGACGUGGAUGGUCACCUUUCAAGCAUUUCUUUGCGGCUUAUUUGGGGGGGCAUUGGCUCAGAACCUAUACUUGUCAAGCUUAAUGUUAACCUCAGUGACAUUUGCAGCCGCCAUGACAAAUCUUGUUCCAGCCAUAACCUAUAUCAUGGCUGUGGCUCUUGGGCUAGAAAGGCUAGGGAUUCAAACUUUAGCGGGAAAAACGAAGAUGGUGGGGACUAUCAUAGGCAUAGGAGGGGCAAUGGUGUUGACCUUCUACAAAGGGGCUGAGAUCAACAUUUGGUCAACGAAUAUUGACCUUACUCAUGGGUUUGGGAGCGGUGCUUUCACAUCAGCAUCACACACGGAGCUUCGUAGUCACAUAUUGGGCUCAUUACUGGCUCUUUGUUGCUGUUUCUCUUAUGCAGUCUGGUUGAUUGUUCAGACUAAGAUGAUCAAGAGGUACCCAUGCUACUUAUCAUGCUCGGCUCUGAUGUGUAUGAUGGGGUCAAUUCAGGGUGUCAUUUAUGCUCUAUGCAUUGACAGGAAGUGGGAGGAGUGGAAGCUUGGAUGGAACAUCAGGCUUUGGACAGUGGCUUACGCGGGAAUAAUGGCAUCGGGGCUAAUGUUUACGUUGACAACAUGGGGGGUAAAGGCAAGGGGUCCACUCUUUGUAUCGGUUUUCAAUCCUCUAGGACUAGUGUUGGUGGCAAUCGUGGACUCCUUACUCCUCAACGAGAAGCUACAUGUUGGAAGCGUUGUAGGGGCAGCGUUGAUAGUGGCGGGGUUGUAUGUGGUGAUAUGGGGGAAGGGAAAGGAGAUGAAAAGGAUGUCUCAGCUUAUGAUGUCCAAGAGGUCCAGUGAAACAAAGGAAGUAGAGGUGGUCGUUGCUAUUACCACCCCCUCUUCUUCACCUGUUGCCAUUGACACCUCUACCAAUAACAACCCUAGCAAUUAACAUCUCAAAUGAUGUUCCUGUUAAUGUGAUCGCAGUUGCCCAAGCUCUGUCAGCAGCCGCAGAUGAAGAGGAAGAUGAGGAAAAAGUGGUGGGGUUAUCACUAAGCAUGUAACAAUGAAAUAUGAUGUUAAUUUCAGAAAAUCAAAAGAUAAAUCUGAGUUUUUUUUUUUUUUUAAAUAUAUUUUUUAAUUCUAA